AUGUAUGGGGGUUCUAUAUCUGGUGAGGAUGAUAAGUACGACUAUUUGUUUAAAGUUGUACUGACCGGAGAUUCGGGUGUCGGGAAAAGUAACUUACUCUCACGUUUCACAAGAAACGAGUUUAAUUUGGAGAGUAAAAGUACAAUCGGCGUUGAGUUCGCUACAAAGAGUGUAGAAAUUGAUGGAAGGACUAUAAAAGCCCAGAUCUGGGAUACUGCUGGUCAGGAACGUUAUCGAGCUAUAACAGCUGCCUAUUACCGUGGUGCUGUUGGUGCCCUGUUGGUCUAUGAUAUCACGAAAAGAGAGACUUUCAACAAUCUUGAACACUGGUUACUUGAGUUACGAGGCCAUGCAGAACCAGAUAUCGUCAUUAUGUUGGUUGGUAAUAAGUGUGACCUUAGACAUCUUCGGACUAUAUUGACGGAAGAUGCAAAGCUUUGGGCUGAGAGGCAUGGACUUUUCUUUAUGGAAACCUCAGCUUUGGAAUCUACCGGCGUUGAGAAUGCUUUUUAUUCGAUUCUUAGAACUAUUUUUGAGGCUGUCCGUUCACAUCCUCCAGCGAGUAAUGUCGAUAUGAAAAUGUCUCCAUAUAAUAAUCAACCGAUUGUUUCACCAAACAUAGACAGUUCAAAGAGUGGACGACGUCUAUUAUUAGAUAAUCUGUCGAGUCUGUGGCCAGAUUCAAAGAAGGUUAUCAUUGACAAAUGUGCUCUUGUUUCUCAUACGGAUAAUGACGAUGAUAAUGUUGCACGUUACCUGGCUAUCACGGUUCGUGGUCAUGCUUCCAGAUCAAUGAGUGAGCGUGUUUCACUUGGAGCUUUGUGCUUAGUGAAAUGUACAUCUUCCAGUAUUGAAAUGAUGUCAGUUGUUUCAGAUGUAUCAGCGACCUGUUUAACUUCACAUCCGAGUAAACCUUGGUUAGCUGUGGGAUUGAAAAAUGGAACAGGUUGGUCACUUAUAAACAACUCUAAUUUAAAAAUACCCGGAAGUGAUUUAUGCUGA